AAGAGAGAUCAUAGGAAAUAAAUGCGAGUGACUGAGGAGAGAGAGGGAAGGGGGAGGUUUCCUAAGUGCUUGAGCAUCAGUGACUGAUAGAGGACAACAUUGGAAGAGAGGUGCUGAGCAUGCAUCCGUCUCUAGUGUUAUCUGUGCGUGCUCAGAUGGGGUAGGAGAUGCGCUGCACUGUACGGGGCACAGUGGGAAAAGCCUGGCAACUCUGCGGAAGCUUUUUAUAGACAUAUGGAGCAGCAAAGUCCAAACGGCAUUAAUUCUGGACCAAAGCCAUAAAAGCCAAGAGAAGACAAGCUACUGAAAGCCUGAGCGAUUUCUGGAGUGGGUUAGCUGAUGUCCGGGACUCUCUUUGUCUCAGAGUAUUGGGGGUUUUUUUUGUCCUCUGAGAGAAGCAAUUUUUGGCUCGUCCUCCCAGGUGUCACACCAGAUGCGUUCGUUUUCUGUCAGCUCGAGUGGCAAUGGGACUUGUUCUUACUUUUCUUAGUGCACUAUUUGGAUACAUAUGUUCUUCACAUCAAGUACUGACGGCCCCUGUACUGAAGGCUUUUUCUUCAAUGUACAAUAUGCUUCAUGGUAAUAUUUCUGGAAUUGCAAUGGAGGAUGCAUAGAUGGGGAGAAACUGAAAAGAUUCCCAGAUGACUUUUGAUGUUCCUGGACUGAAUUUGGCGGUUUCUAACAUCAGCUGUGCCACAAACAGCUUUUCAGACCAGAGAAUGGGUCUUUUAUCCAGAUAGGUUUAAACAACAUUGUGGCGGGCUUCAGACAUGAAGUCCAGUGUCCUGUCCCCUCCUGGCUGCCGCCGCUGCUGUCAUCCCUAUGUGAAGGAUGUUUCACGGCACCGCGCUAGGACCAUUUGAACCGAGCACGAGCCCUGACCGGAGAGCAGAGAUCCGCAGGCGCGUUAAGAUGGUCAUGGAACAGCUGGAGGAAGUUCUCGCUGAGCUCAAGGACGUGGCGAAAGAGCUCCGGGAGGUUGUGGUCCAAAUUGACAAGUUAACAUCAGAUAUCGACCUUGACUCAGAGGGUGACCUGACACUAGUGUGCUGCAGCGAGGACCGUGGCGACCUCUUGCACAAUGAAACAUUAUCCGACAACCGCUUACUGCACAAUACUCUCCGUAACCCAACCAUAGCCAAGAAGCAAGAGUUAGACCUUUACCGCAGGAGCUGUGGAGAUUUACCUGCCCUCAAUGGACCGUUAAAGGCUCAAAACAGCCCUAAAGCGCCCUGGCUCUUUGGAUCUGGAGGAAGGAUCCAUUCUUACGACAAGACGCUAUAUCAUGCAUUGUGCUGUGAUGAUGAUUACAAUGAAUUUAGAGGUGGAAUUAGAUCAUCAAGGCUGUCGUCCACGGAUUCUGUGUUUUCAUCUUCACCUCCAAGGUUUUUGACUCCCACGUGUAAGCGUAAAACUUACUCCAGCCCAGACUCGAAGAAAAGAGCCCUCCGUAGCUGCAGUACGCAAACUGUUUCUGAUAAAAGCACACAAACUCACUUCCCAUACAUUCCAGCUAAGCAGAACUUCAAGUGACUGCAAAUACUAAAACUUCUGCAAAUUUCCAAAAAAUGUAAAAGAAUUUACCAAAAUAUAUUUUUUUUCACACUCAUGCUGUUCCGAAACUACAUGACUUUCUUUGUUCUGUGGAACACAGGAGGUGAAAUUUAAUUUCUUGAUAUAAAAAAAAAAAAUGAAAAAGCUGCAUAAUGACAAAAAAAGUCAUCAUA